AUGGCCGCCCUGUACCAGAGCGCGGACCCGUCCGCCUCGGCCUCCCCCAACAAGCUGCUGGCGCUGAAGGACGUGAGGCAGGUGAAGGAGGAGACCACCCUGGACGAGAAGCUCUUCCUGCUGGCCUGCGACAAAGGUGACUAUUACAUGGUUAAGAAACUCUUGGAGCAGAACAGCUCAGGUGACAUGAACAUAAAUUGUGUGGAUGUGCUUGGGAGAAAUGCUAUAACCAUUACCAUUGAAAAUGAAAACUUGGACAUAUUACAGCUUCUUUUGGAUUAUGGCUGUCAGUCAACAGAUGCACUUUUGGUGGCGAUUGACUCAGAAGUGGUGGGAGCUGUUGAUAUAUUACUUCAUCAUCGACCAAAACGAUCCUCAAGACCAACUAUUGUAAAACUUAUGGAGCGUAUUCAGAACCCAGAGUACUCAACGACUAUGGAUGUAGCACCUGUCAUUCUAGCUGCUCAUCGUAACAACUAUGAGAUCCUUACUAUGCUGUUAAAACAGGAUAUAUCUCUACCCAAACCUCACGCUGUUGGCUGUGAAUGCACCUUGUGCACGGCAAAGAACAAAAAAGAUAGCCUACGGCACUCCAGAUUUCGUCUUGACAUCUAUCGUUGUUUGGCCAGUCCUGCCUUAAUAAUGUUGACAGAGGAGGAUCCAAUCCUGAGAGCUUUUGAACUUAGUGCAGACUUAAAAGAGCUAAGUCUUGUCGAAGUUGAAUUCAGAAAUGAUUAUGAGGAACUAGCCCAGCAAUGCAAAACCUUUGCUAAAGAUUUACUUGCACAGGCACGGAACUCACGGGAGCUGGAAGUUAUCCUAAACCAUACAGCUAGUGAUGAGCAUGUGGACAAACGAGGAUUGUUAGAAGAGAGGAUGAAUUUGAGUCGCCUAAAACUUGCUAUCAAGUAUAACCAAAAGGAGUUUGUUGCCCAGUCUAACUGCCAGCAGUUUCUCAACACUGUGUGGUUUGGACAAAUGGCAGGCUACCGACGCAAGCACACGUGUAAGAAGAUUUUGACUGUUUUGACAGUUGGCAUCUUUUGGCCAGUUCUGUCUCUCUGUUACUUAUUAGCCCCUAAAUCUCGAGUAGGUCGAAUAAUUCACACUCCUUUUAUGAAGUUUAUUAUUCAUGGAGCUUCAUAUUUCACAUUCCUGCUAUUACUUAACUUGUAUUCACUGGUCUACAAUGAGGAUAAGAAGAAUACAAUGGGGCCAGCACUUGAGAGAAUAGACUAUCUUCUGAUAAUAUGGCUUAUUGGAAUGGUGUGGUCAGAUGUCAAAAGACUUUGGUAUGAAGGCCUGGAAGACUUUUUAGAAGAAUCUCGUAAUCAGCUUAGUUUUGUCAUGAAUUCCCUCUAUUUGGCAACUUUUGCUCUCAAAGUAGUUGCUCAUAACAAGUUCCAUGAUUUUGCUGAUAGAAAGGACUGGGACGCAUUCCAUCCUACACUGGUGGCAGAAGGUCUCUUUGCUUUUGCUAAUGUUCUUAGUUACCUUAGACUCUUCUUCAUGUAUACAACCAGUUCUAUCCUAGGACCACUUCAGAUUUCAAUGGGGCAGAUGUUGCAAGACUUUGGAAAAUUCCUAGGGAUGUUCCUUCUUGUCUUGUUCUCAUUCACAAUUGGAUUGACCCAACUGUAUGACAAAGGAUUUACUGUAAAUGAAGAGAAGGACUGUGCAGGGAUCUUCUGUGAACAGCAAAGCAAUGACACAUUCCAUUCGUUUAUUGGCACCUGCUUUGCUCUGUUCUGGUACAUAUUCUCCCUAGCACAUGUAGCAAUCUUUGUCACUAGAUUUAGCUACGGUGAAGAAUUGCAGUCUUUUGUGGGCGCUGUUAUUGUUGGUACCUACAACGUAGUGGUUGUGAUUGUCCUUACCAAGCUCUUAGUGGCAAUGCUUCAUAAAAGCUUUCAGCUGAUAGCAAAUCAUGAAGACAAAGAAUGGAAAUUUGCUCGUGCCAAGCUUUGGCUUAGCUACUUUGAUGAUAAAUGCACACUACCUCCACCUUUCAAUGUCAUUCCCUCUCCCAAGACUAUCUGCUAUCUCUUCAACAGCCUUAGUAAAUGGAUCGGCUCUCAUACUUCAACUGGCAAAGUCAAACGUCAGAAUAGCCUAAAGGAAUGGAGAAAUCUGAAGCAAAAGAGGGAUGAGAAUUACCAAAAGGUGAUGUGUUGUUUAGUCCAUCGUUACUUAACCUCCAUGAGACAAAAGAUGCAAAGCAUGGAUCAAGCAACUGUGGAAAAUCUCAAUGAACUGCGGCAAGAUCUAUCAAAAUUCCGAAAUGAAAUGAGGGAUCUGCUUGGCUUUCGGACAUCUAAAUAUGCUAUGUUUUAUCCAAGAAACUAAGGUCCAGAUUUUAAAAGGAACAUGUCUAAUUUUAGGUACUCACAGUUGAAAGUGUUGGCCUAAGUCUGUUGCCAGACCAAACAGAAAAGCAAAUUUUUUGCACAACCUUAAAUUUGAAAAUGUAUUUGCAUGAGUUUCAGCUAAAUUCAAAAGAUGUGGAAAUGAAUGCAAAAACUGUCAUUCUUUUAAGCUCGUUAAGUGUGUAAUGUACAGUAUGUAAAAUAUGUAUAUAGCAUUUUACAAUAAAUGUUCCCCAAAAUAUGGAUUUUGACAGGUCACAU